ACUACAGUCAGUCAGUGCUUGUGCUCAGUGCGUGUAUAUUGCUAGGCCGGUGUGUGGACACUGCUGCUGUGAUUCAAGUCCACGAUGCUAGCGACAUUGUUGCUAGUCCUACAUCUGUUACAGUUAUGUGCAGGAUCCUGCUACUUCUCAGCAGAGCUCCAGGGCGAGUACUUGAUGCAGACCAUCACCAUCACCUCCGGGGCGCAGACCCAGAUCCAGUACUCCGUAGUCAAGAUCACCGCGGAGGCGAUCCCUAUGUGGGGCCUCUGUCACCAACGCGAGGGCGACAACGUCAUCCUCAACGACAGCUUUAAUGGAACUGCUUGUAUAAGAUGUUUUCAUCUGAAGCUGCACUCGCCCAAUGUGCUGCAAGUUCACACGUGCCCUACAUGUCUAGAUCAGUGUUAUCUGACGGAAGAGGCUGCACGCAACACAUGUCCCAAGGGAGAUGACUUGGCCAGCGGCAGACACAAGGAGAUCAAUCUCUUCCGCACAAGAGAGAUUGGAGGAGGAAGCAUCAGGAAGAUGUUUUGUCCGAUAGCAGGAAGGUACAAGUUUACAUACAAUUUGUACAACCAGACAGAUAACCGAGUGGAAUGUAGUCCUUCUGUGUCUCAGCUGGAAAACUGUCCUGACCGCACUGGAGGACCUGGUUUGGAGGUGCAUUUCCAGGGGUGCGCUCAUCAGUACAAUGAAAUGACCUUUGACUGUCUGGGUGAUUGGCCGGGACCGAAUGGCCAAAGGUUCCUUGCUCUUCAGGAGACUAAUGUACCUGCAACUGGCGAGAGGCCUCUGUAUAGAUGUGCUCUCUACAAAGAGGAUGAACAAAGAGGGAGUAUCAUGAUGGCUUUUUCCAGUGACUCCACAUGUACGUCAGACCUGUACAAUGCUAGUUACGGCCACAUGACAUGGAAUUUGACUGCGAUCCCUAGCGUACAUUGGCCAUCAGUUGUCAUCAACAGUAAAUGCAGUUUCCCCUAUUGGAGCCAAGGUAAAUGGGAGCAUCUGAACAUAGACUUCAACUCUCUCACGUACAAGGACCAUUACAGCUAUAACGCCUACACUAUGAGAUGCGCACAGGCAGUAAAUGAAGAACGAUUUGUUGUCUUUUCUAAAAAUGGCUGUGGCGAAGAAGUGUACAAAUGCAUCAAAAUGAAACUUAGAAGUGGAAAUGUUCUGGAAUUCCAACUUGGACUUACAUCAAGCAUAUUUUUCAACACAUCUCUCUGUAGUGAUUCCAACUUUCUAGGAAACAUCUGGGUAACACAAGCAAGGCUAGAAGGAAGGCAAGUUUCUCCUUGCCCAGUCACUGGUGACUACACAGGUUUUAUCACCAAUGACAGUGGUUUAUGUGCUCGUAUGGCGUCUGAUCAGUUGCAUCCAGAAAUUAUGUACUUCACUGUGUCCGAUUGUGAACAGCAAGAAGUUUAUGAAGAACGAGAGUAUCAGUGUUUGGGCCAAUGGGAGGAGGACGGCGUCACCUACACAUACACACAAAGGAGAGAUUUUGGUUCUUAUGAGUGCUUUGUUGGCUCUAUCCUAUCCAACAAUGAAAUCUACAUCAAAGAAGCUGGAGAGCAUUGUGGACGAGGAAUAGACCCUUUACGCACCGGCAUGAAGCUUCAAGUCCGAGGUGGUGCCAAACUUGCUGAUCCUAACCCUCCCACCACUCCUCCGGCAACUUCGUGGUUUGUGACAAAACGACCAUCAAUCCCCACCAAGCCUUGGAAGCCCAUCACAGGAGCCCCUCCAAGACAGAGCGGGGCCACUCGAGCUACUCCGCUGAUAGUAUGUGUGUUGGUGACAGUCGUAGCUUUAACUCUCACUUAAUACUUCCUAUUUGCCACAGGUUAUUGUGGUUGUGGUAUUUAAAAACUAAAUGUGAUACUUAACAAUUCCAAAAUCAUUUGAAAGAUGUAGACUUUUCAGUCGUAGCACCAAUAUAGUUAAGUUUUGUAUUAUUAGGACUUUUUGGUUGUCUGUGUCAAUAUAUUUUUUUUGCCAGAGAUGACAUAAAUAAGCAAUUUCUUUUUUUCAUACGAUCACAACAUUGAAUGUUUUCAAGUAGUUUUAUCGACUGAACAAAUUUUUAUAUGUGAUAAGAAAUAUCUAUUUCCAUUAGUUUAGUAUUAUACCAUUUUGUAAAUAUGUUUCACCUUUGUUUUUAGAAUACUUGUAUAUGUAUGUGUGUAUGUUUGUGUGAGUCUGUAUGUGUGUGUGUGUUUGUGCGUGUAUUUUACCUGUUAUAACCUUAGGAUAGAAUAUAUUAAGUUUAUUUAUAAAAUAGGGAAAGUUUCUGUAUAUUGUAUCUAUGUAAGGUAUCUGUGUUAUUUUCUACUGCAUUUAAAGAUCAAUAAACUUUUUUAUA